UCGCGCGCGGUGACGUCACAGGAAAGCGCCUCUCCGUGCUGUAGAAAGGCAGGAAGAAACCCGUAAAAAGAUGCCUCCGAAAGGGAAAGGCGGCGGCAAAGCGGCAAAAGGAGGAGCAUCUUCUGGUAGUGACGCAGCUGACAAGAAAGCUCAGGGGCCAAAAGGAGGUGGCAGUUCCGUGAAGGUGAGGCAUAUUCUGUGUGAGAAACACAGCAGAGCUCUAGAAGCCUUGGAGAAAGUCAAAGCUGGAGUGCGUUUCAGUGAGGUCGCUGCGCAGUAUAGUGAGGACAAAGCCAGACAAGGGACAUUGCAAGCCUUGGUGGCGCAGCAGACUAAAGUGCUAUUAAGUAGCACCAGCUUCCUGCAAUUACUGCAAGUUCAAAUCUCACCAGGCUCAAGGUUGACUCAGCCUUCCAUCCUUUCGAGAUGUAAAUGGAUAAAAUUUGGAACAAAAUUGAUUGAGGGAAUGUGAAUAAUUGUACUCAUUUUAUGCCGGACGUUUGCUCUAAAAC